AUGGGGAGAACUGUGGUGCAAAUCACCUUCAUCGGACUCCUGCUGGCUUUGGCUUCCACACUGCCAAACAAGGAUGACUGGGACAUCUACAGCUUUCACAUCAACUCCACAGUGACCAGUCGUUAUGCCACCACUGUCAUCACAAGCCGUGUGGCCAAUCGUAUGGACGAGUCAAAGGAGAUUGAAUUUCACGUUCAGAUUCCCAAGAAUGCCUUCAUCAGUAAAUUUCAAAUGUUUAUCGAUGGCCAAGUUUAUGAUGGUGUUGUGAAAGCUAAGGAGCAAGCUCAGCAGCAGUACACUGAAGCUGUGUCCCGCGGUGAAAGUGCUGGACUUGUCAGUUCUGUAGGGAGGACACUGGAGGAAUUUAAGACCUCUGUAACUGUGGCUGCUCACAAAAAGGUCACUUUUGAACUCACAUAUGAGGAACUGAUGAAACGCACACAUGGCAAGUACGAGCUGCAAAUUCAUGCUCGACCCAUGCAGCCUGUCAGAGACUUCAAGGUGGAUGUGCACAUUCACGAGGAAGCUGGCAUCAGUUUCAUCGAUGUGAAAGGAGGCCUGAGCACCAACGCCCUCGCUAAUGCCAUCACCAAAACACAUGCAGAUAAACAGGCGUGGGUGUAUUUCUAUCCAACAGUCGACCAACAGAAAAUGUGUGACAGCUGUGGAGAUCAGGGUAUGAAUGGAGAUCUGGUUAUUGUUUACGAUGUUAACAGGGAUAAUGGACUGGGACACAUCAAGAAAUCUGACGGGUACUUUGUUCAUCAUUUUGCACCAUCUGAUCUUCCUCGGAUACCAAAAAAUGUCGUCUUUGUUAUUGAUCAAAGUGGCUCAAUGCAUGGCAGAAAAAUUGAGCAGACUAGGAUCGCAUUAAUCCACAUUCUGAAUGAUCUGGCAGAAGAUGACUACUUUGGUCUGAUCACUUUUGAUGGCAACAUUUUUCAUUGGAAGCGAGAACUCGUUCAGGCCAACAGCAAAAAUCUGGAAAGUGCCAAAAACUUUGCACAAAAUAUACAAGACAGAGGAUCCACAGACAUAAAUGAAGCAGUGCUGCAAGGAGCAAGUAUGCUGAAUGCACAUAACAGAGAAGGUUCAGCAUCUAUCCUUAUACUUCUCACAGAUGGAGACCCAACCUCAGGGGUGACAAAUCUGGAGAAAAUUCAGUCAAAUGUAAGAGAGGCUAUUGCAGGCAAAUUCCCACUGUACUGUCUUGGUUUUGGUUUUGAUGUUGAUUUUAAGUUCCUUGAGAAAAUGUCGCUGCAAAAUAACGGUGUGGCACGACGGAUUUAUGAGGACUCUGAUGCUGAUUUACAGCUGAAGGGUUUCUAUGAAGAGGUGGCCACACCUCUACUGACAGAUGUGACAAUGAUCUAUGUGGGUGGGACCAAUCUAACCCAGACUAACUUCAGUCAGUAUUAUAAUGGUUCUGAGAUUGUGGUGGCCGGUGAGAUCACAGAUAAUAACAUUGAAACCUUCACCCCUCAAGUUGUGGCCAUUUCAAGUAAUAGAAGAAUAAUAUUCUCUAACCCAAAUGAAACCGUGGAAUCCACUCAAACAGUGUCUGAUGACCGUAUCCAGAGGGUUUGGGCGUACCUCACAGUUAAACAGCUUCUGGACAAAGAGCUUCAGUUAUCUGAAACUGAGAAAGAGAAAGUGAAGAAGGAGGCUUUGGAGCUGUCACUGAAGUACAGUUUUGUGACCCCUCUCACAUCCAUGGUGGUUACAAAGCCUCCCGGAGAGAACACAGAUGUGCUUCAUAAGCCCAGGGAAGGUGAAACACCACAGAGAAGUCAGUUCACUGGAGGUCGAGCCAAAUCUGUUACUGUUCCUCUUCUCCACAGGUUUUUAAUAAAUACUAAGAAUCAGACUGUUCCAUUGUGCUUUGAUGUCAGUGGCUCACUACAACUUAAACUACUUCACCAUCCCAGUGAGGAGCUGUUUGUGAAUGGGGAGCUUGAUUCAGUUGUGAAUGGAGGCUUCAACAGUAUUUUUAUACACUUCCAAACUGACCAUCAUGUUGAGAUUGACUCCAGGGGCGUGACUGUACGAGAAAGACAGACAGUGGCACAUCACACUGGACAGGAUACCAUCACAGCUGGGAGUGUUACAGUGGUUGUGCACAACAAGAAAGUACAUGUUACAGCUGGAAAGAUGCGCCUGGUGAUCUUAGUUCAUGAGAAGAAUGGCAACAAAUUCCUUUGGCCAGUUUUAAAAAAGCAUCCCUCGGCCGACGACUCUGAAGGACUUUUAGCUGUAAAGCCUGCAGUGUAUGAGGUGGUGCAGCAAGUUUCUGUCACAAAACUAAAGAUUAAAAACCAAGAGGUAGAUGUUACAAGUGACAGCGCUACUGAUUACAGUAUCGACCCUCCUGUCACAAAGAACUGCUGGCUUAUGUCUGCUGACUCUGCCCUGCAGAGACCACUGGCAGAUUUUUCCGUGGCACAACUUUAA